GGGCCGACGAGUCUAGCGUGUGCGCGUCUGGAUCGCACCGGCAGUGACAUCCGAAUGCUCCGACACUAUGCGCCACCGGUUCGUCCUGUCCAUGCUGAUCUUGUUGCCGGCCGUCCGGGCCGCGGUCGGCGUGAAAAACGGAGGCUCGCCACGGCCGAAAAACGACGACGAUUCAUUUAACAACAGUCUAGAAGAUGUGGACCUCAGUUGUGACGGAGGUAAAUGCGAUUCAGACGGACAAGACGUCUCGACAUCGGGUUGGACUACCACCAAGAAACCAAAUAUUUUUCAAUUGAACAAUAAAUCGUGUCCCGGAUUUGAAUUACCACCAGUUUUUCCUCGUCAACAUUGUGAAUCUGAUAGAGACUGCUGGCCAAGAAUAUGUUGUGGAUAUGGUGGUGGACUCAAUGGUCAAAAAUAUUGUCGGAUUCCUUUACCAAGUUGGCGAAAUGAUUUAUUGAAAACCAUUACGAAAAGCCUCAGGUCCAGCCAGCCGCAAUACCUUCAGUGCAGCCCACCACCUCCCAAGCGCUACGAUCUGUUUCCGCGGAAGUGCCGAACCACCGUGGACUGUCUGCCCGAACUUUGCUGUCCGGAAACCGGAAGAAACGUCUGCCGGCCACCCAAGAAACUAAUACGACCAAUCAGGGUCCAGUUGUCCAUCGGAUAAGCGGCCUGGGCGUUCGUUUUUAUCAACCGAACUGGGCUCGUCGUCUGUUCAAAUGUAUCGCCGAUCGAAAUGUUGUCCAGAAAACAUUUUCAAAACUUUUUCGAUUACCAUAAUAUUACUUUUACCUGCGAAAUAACAUCGUUAUUUUGUGUUAUAGUGUAGUCAUAACUAUCUAGUCAUUACUCAUUUGUGAAUAAUUAUUGUCAAUCGCAGAAUCCAUCCGAACACCUGAACAAAAGGAUUACGCAUAACGACCAAAUACACACCUAUGUUUAAUUACUCGUAUUAUUUGAUAUUCGUAUUGAUGAUCAUUUUUGUUAUUAUUUAUUAUUAUUAUUAUUAAAUCAUUAUAAUUAUUAUUUCAUUAUUUUUAUAA